CUACGCAUUUACUGUGUACCAGAAGGCAGACACAUUUGAGUAGAGGGAACAAACAAAAUACUACUUGAAAUGAGAAAGAGAUCUUCAAAUCGCAACACCGUCUAACAAGAUCAACAUUUUGCAUUACAAAUCGAUCGGGAACAGAAGAAAUUUCCUGUAGGACGAGGAGGAAGAACAUGCUGCCCACAUCUUCAUCAUUUAAGGCCCGUUCGGGCUCCCAUGCCCGGCCCAAUUCUUUCCUACCUCAUUACCUCCGCAGAAUAGUCAAGUGGCAACAAAUGGAUGUUGAAUAUACUUUCUGGCAAAUGCUUCACCUAUGCACGUCGCCUAAAGUAGUGUGGGUAUCCAUAUCUCUUGUCGUAUCAUAAUCAUCCAUAUUAUAAAUGCUUGCGGUGUUCAAGGUUAAUAUAUUUAUUUAUAAUAACAUAAAAUACAACGCCAUUCAAUGUUCCUAGAGUACUUAGGAGAGAUGCAUUUCCUUCCUCUUUGGUCCUGGUUGUUGGACAAUCAUUUAAGCCUAUGUUUUGUUCCUACUCAUGUGUUUUUAGAAAUUUAGUGAUGUUACGGCAUGGAUCAAGUCUACUGACUAAAAUUUCACUAUGGGAUUGGCAACUUGUAGUAGGCAACUAGGCAUCCUCGUGUUACAUGCAUUUAAGAAUCUGCUUUGGUUUCAUGAUAUUGCAUCAUGUUAUAUUCUCACAAAUAUUACCCUUCUACGACUAAUAUAAAAUCAGAUGACUGGAUGGAGUACUUUGAUAUGUAUUAUCUUGGCUUCUAAUAACAUGUUUCCAUAUUUUGCAUGUCAACAUGAACGAUGCUUGCAGAUAUCAGCAUACCAAAUAUCACAAACAAACAAAGAAUCAAUGGGCGCGCGAUGAUCCUGCAUUUGUUGUGAUAUGUAGUCUUCUUUUGUCAGUUUCCACAAUUGCUUAUUGUGCUGCGUAAGCAUCUUCUACGCUCUGACCUCUUCCUGUUGUGGCUGCUUUCAUUAUCUUCACAUGGAUCUCGUUAUGGAUAGUUUAAGUAACCUAAUAAAUGAAUCCUUUUUCCACCAACUAAUUCAUAUUUUAUGAAAUUUUUAUCUUAUUAUACUUCUGCUGGUAGCUCGUUGACUCCCCCUGCCCCUUCCUCGAUUCAUUAUUUCAGAGUGUUGUCACGUAUAGUUUGUCAUCUGUUAUGCUCUCAUUGUUGUCUUUUAUUGGUUUCAGGUAUGAUCACAGUGCAGGACAUGCAGUUUUUGUUGUUAUUUCUGUAUUGCUAUUCCAUUUUCUUGUAACAGGCGCAAUUUUGGCUACUUGCUGUUGGUUUUUCACUAACAAUUAUCUCCGAGAAGAAGCUUUGAACAGCCAUGUGGUGGAGCAACGGGUGGAAUGGUUGUAUGCCUUUGACGUACACUGCAACUCUUUCUUCCCAGUGUUUGUACUGCUUUAUGUCGUUCAUUAUUUUCUUUCACCUCUGCUGGUCGCCCAUGGUUUUGUUCCUGAAUUGCUGUCGAAUCUACUAUUCAUGGUGGCUGCUUCCUACUAUCAUUACCUAAAUUAUUUGGGUUAUGAUGUAUUACCAUUCCUGGAGAGGACCACUUUGUUCCUGUAUCCAAUUGGUGUUGUUUUUGUUCUUUCCCCUAUAUUAAUUCUGACUGGAUUCAACCCUUCGAGACAUGCCAUGAACAUGUAUUUCAGUCGAGUGCUCUAGAUUUAGUCAAUUCUGCCUCAAGAAGCUACUGGUGACCCAAAAAUAUAUUGUGAAAAUGAAAAAGGUACAAGUUCCUUGUGAUUUUCCGUUUUGUAAUAUUUGAGGGGAGGAUUUUGUCUUGGGGAAGCAUUGUUUUGUAUGCUAAGAGAGAAUACAAUCAAGCAGGAAAGACUUCAGUGAAUAUUUCUCCUAACUGAAGAGAGUAAACUUAGUGUUGGAACUGUGUAAUGAUCUUUUCCCUUCAUGAUUCUUACACUAUGAUGCAAAAAGUACAUUGAAGUUGAUUCACCUAGUGAAUGUUCAUAAUAGAUUUUGCCCUUCAAAUUUGCACUUCUUCUUCUUCUUCCUUU